GAGCAAGAUGGGUUCAGAGAUUAAGGUUGUAGUCAUUCACAAAGAAACAAUCAAACCAUCCUCUCCAACUCCUCCCCACCUUGAAAGUUUGAGCCUUUCUGUUUUUGAUCAGCUUCAACCUGAAUUUUAUGUCCCACUACUUCUCUUCUAUCCCAAUAAUAGGGAUGAGAUCAAUGGUGAUCAUCAUUCUUUGGCUGCUGAAAGAUCAAACCUUCUAAAAACAUCAUUGUCUAAGACCCUCUGUCAAUUCUACCCCUUUGCAGGGAAAUUUGAAUAUAAUGUUUCAAUAUGUUGCAAUGACCAUGGGGCAGCAUUUCUUCAAGCCCAAGUGAAUUGUCCCAUAUCCAAAGUUUUGGAAAAACCCGAUCACAAGGUUUUAAAACAACUGCUUCCAGCUGAUAUAGCAUCCACACAAGAAGUCGCAGGCCACCUUCUACUAGUCCAGGCCAGCUUCUUUGAAUGUGGUGGGAUGGCAAUUGGAGUCAAUAUCUCACAUAAGGUUGGUGAUGCUUUUACAUUCAGCAAGUUCAUUAAUAGCUGGGCUGCAGUUUCCCUAGGCUCCAGUGCUAGUGAUCAUAUAGCGGUUCCAGCUGUAGAAUUUGGUGUUGUGGCUUCUGUCUGUCCACCACUAGAUUUCUUCAACUCGCGACAACCUAUUGUUGAAUUUGCUAUAGAGAAAUCGGUCACUGAAAGAUUUGUGUUUGAAGCCUCAAAGAUUGAUGAUCUUAAGUCUAAAGCUGCCAGCUCUGCUGUGCCAAAUCCCACACGUGUUGAAGUUGUAUCUGCACUCAUUUGGAAAUGUGCUACAGAGGCAUCGAGAUCAAACUCAGGUUCUGUGAGGCCAUCUGUGUGGUGUCAAGUGGUGAACAUGCGGAAAAGAUCAGGGCAGCCCUUGACAGAAGACUCACUGGGGAAUUUUGUUUGGUUCUUUGCAUCAAUGACAAUGGAAAGUGAAGUAGAUCUCCAAAGCUUGGUUGCUAAUUUCAGGAAAGGCAUUGAGGAAUUUAAAGAAAAGUAUCCUAAUGGAGUUGGUUCGCAGGACGUAUGUCAGACCAUACAAGAAUCUGGGAACCUCAUGACAAAGGAUGGUAUAGACAACUAUAGUUGCAGCAGCUGGUGCAGAUUUCCCUUCUAUGAGGCCAAUUUUGGAUGGGGUAAGCCAUCAUGGGUGAGUAUCCGCACUAUGUCAGCCAAGAACACAAUUCAAUUGACAGAUACGAGAGAUGGAAAGGGAAUAGAAGUGUCCUUGGCUUUGAAAGAAGAAGAUAUGGCCAUAAUCACUAGCAAUAAGGAGCUGCUUGAAUAUGCAUUUCUAAAUCCAGCUGCUGUUUAGCUAGUAGCGAAAAAUAAAAAAGAACAUCCUCUGAAUCUUCUUGGAUGUUACUUUCAUAAUUUCAUAUAUUUCAUUACUUUGACGCUUGUGUUGCUUUUUGAAAAAUAAAGUCUGCUUUAUUUGAUUCUUGU